GGGCCCGCCCGCUGUUUCUCUCUGGCUUUCGGUUGCCCGCAGGGGCCGCUCGGAGCCGUGACACCGGCCGAUCCCUCCCCGGUUCCGACGGGGCCGGCUCCCCGCCGCGCUACCGGGCUCCGCCUCGGCGUUCCCGGAGGGGCGGCGCUCCCGGGAGCUGCCCGGCCACCGGGGCCCCGCUGCAGCGGGAGGCGAGCCAAGGUCUCCCAGGUCGUUUUCCUCAGAGCACCAUGGCUCUGUCCUGCACAUUGAGGUUACUGCCCCGGCACCUUCGCCCUUCAAGUGCUCUCCUGAGCAGCCUGCCCGGUGGGGACCACAGCCUGGUGAAGGAGAAGACGACAGCGGUAAAGCAGAGGGAGAAGAAAAAGGCCAGGGAGGACAUCAGCCUGCCAGGUUCCUCCUGGGAGGAGAGGCUAGCAAACGCGGUGACUCCGCUGUGGAGACUUCCCUACCAAGAGCAGCUGCAGGUGAAGCAUGAAAGCCAGAGGAAGGUUUUGCAGACACUGGCGUCUCGUCUCAAGGAGCUGGGCGUAGAUGGGCAGAAACCUGGUGGACUCUGCUGUCCUCUCCAGCCUGUAGUCCCUUCACCCGUCAUUAAUGGCUACCGAAACAAAUCUACGUUCUCUGUGAACCAAGGACCAGAUGGGAACCCCAAAACCGUGGGGUUGUAUGUGGGAACUGGCAGAGAAAGAAAUAUUGUCUGUGUGAGAGCCAACCACGUGGAGAACAUACCCUCAAAACACAAACAAGUAGCCCAGUGCUACGAGGAGUUCAUCCGUCGCUCCCCCCUGGACCCCUGCCUCCUCUUCCACGAAGGGGGACACUGGCGGGAGCUCGUGGUGCGUACCACCAGCCGUGGCCACACCAUGGCCAUCGUCACCUUCCACCCCCAGGAGCUGGGCCAGGAGGCACUGGCAGCUCAGAAAGCAUUGCUUAAGGAGUUCUUCACAUGUGGAGCUGGAACAGCCUGUGACUUGACUUCACUUUAUUUCCAAGAGAGCACCAUGACACGCUGCUCCCACGAGCAGUCCCCCUUCCAGCUCCUUCACGGAGAACCACACAUCUUUGAAGAGCUGCUCGGCCUGAAGUUCCGCAUCUCUCCAGAUGCUUUUUUCCAAGUAAACACUGGUGGAGCAGAAGUUCUGUACCAGGCGGUCGGGGAGCUGAGUCAGGCUGGUGGGGACACCGUCCUCCUCGACAUCUGCUGUGGAACGGGCACAAUUGGUCUGUCUCUGGCUCGCCAAGUGGCCAAAGUUAUUGGUGUUGAGGUGGUGGAGAAGGCGAUAGAGGAUGCCAGGUGGAAUGCAGCGUUCAACGGUGAGUUCAGGCUCACCGGGGCUGAAAACUUCACACUAACCACUGAAAAAUCGGAAGAAGAAUCAUAG